GGCAGUUGUUCUUGUUCACAAUCAGAUCAGCAGCAGAAGAAGUUGGUGCAAGUUCGUGUCGUGAGUUCGUCCUGAUUUUCGGUGGUGAAAAGGAAAGGAAAAGCGAAAAAAAAAAGUGCGGAGCAAGGUUCUCCCCGAAGAUCGUGAUUUGCCGGAAUUGGUCUGUGGGAAAAUGUCCUGAAGUUCGAAGCCGAUCGUGACCGUGUUUCGAGAAUCGUCCUCUUUUGUUUAUGUCGGUUGUCGCGUGUUUUCUUUCUUGCUCCUUCUCCGUCAGUUCGCUCCCUCUCCUUCGAUAAGAUCGUCGAAAGAUGGCUGAAGUGUUCCUUCGGCGCAGCGAGUAAAAUCUUCUGGCCUACUGUUGUGUUGUUUUGCUGACCGGUGCACGUUGUUUUACGUUGAGAUAAGAAGUAAAAAAAGCGUUGAGUGUUUGUGAUCUGAUCGUGGUUGGCCGUGUACGGGCUUGGAUGUGAAUUUUGACAGAGGAAGAAAAGUUCGAGGAAAAUCAGGCGGAAGAAGACAAGAUGGCCAGCACCAGUGCCACCCAGGACACGCAGGCCGCGACCCAGACGCAACAGUCCGGACUCCCCUGGAGCCAGCUGGAGAGCCAGCCGAUCCAACAGAUCUGGGGACGGCUGUACGCCAAGAGCCUGAAGAUCACCAGCCUCGGUACUAAACAAGCUCUGCCCGUCGUUUCCCCGACCGUGUCGGAAAAUUACGACCUCUGCGAGGAGGUGUUCAAAGCCGGCCGGGUUGAUGAUAAUCACCUGUGCAUUGACAAAACUCAUCUUCCGGAGAAGAUGUUGGCGCGGAUCAGCAAGGUGCACUUUACCAUCCACAAGGACAUCAGCGACCUGCUGAAUCCGGUGUACAUUGAGGACUGCUCGCGCAACGGCACCUACCUGAACGAGAAGCUGAUCGGCACGGGCCGGCGGAUGAUCCUGAAGAACAACGACGUGAUCGGGCUGGCGCACGCCACCUACAAGGCGCUGCAGUUCAAGGAGGUCAGCCGCAACCAGGACGAGCUGCAGUAUCUGCCGAGCGCCAUCCGCGACAAGUACUACGUGGGCAAAAAGCUCGGCUCGGGGGCGUGCGGCGUGGUGCACUUGAUCUUCGACACGGUCAGCUGCCAGCCGUACGCCAUGAAGCACGUGGUGAAGAAUCUGCUCGUGGAGAGCACCCGGCCCCGUAUCCUGAACGAGCCGAACCGGGUCAUGAACGAGGUCAACAUCAUGAAGGCGUUGGACCACCCCUGCGUUAUCAAAAUGCACGACAUUGUAAACAGGCCCACCUCGGUUUGCAUGGUGCUGGAGUACAUGGAGGGUGGCGACCUGUUGACGCGAAUCACCAGCCAGAAGGCCCUCUCCGAACAGACCUCGAAACUGUUCUUCCUCCAGAUGUGCCUCGCCGUGCAGUACCUGCACGCCAAAGGAAUCACCCACCGUGAUCUCAAGCCGGACAACAUCCUGCUCCAGGAUGGCAACGAGGAGACCCUGCUGAAGGUGUCCGACUUUGGACUGUCCAAGUUCGUGCACACCGACUCGGUGAUGCGAACGCUGUGCGGAACGCCCCUCUACGUCGCGCCCGAAGUGCUGAUGACCGGCGGCCGCGGCACGUACACCAGCAAGGUGGACAUCUGGUCCCUCGGCGUGGUCCUGUUUACGAUGCUGAGCGGCACGUUGCCCUUCUCGGACGAGUACGGCAGCCCGGCGACGGAACAGAUCAAACGGGGCAAGUUUUCCUUCCGCCACCGCAUCUGGCGCUCGGUUUCGGCCCCCGCCCGCAAGCUCAUCAUGGACAUCCUGACGGUGGACCCCAAGUGUCGACCCUCGCUCGAGCAGAUCAUGCAGAGCACGUGGAUGCGCGACCCGGACGUCACCCGGAAGGCCGAAAAGCUGAUGGGGAUGAAGGUGAACGGCGGCAAGAAACCGUCCACGUCGUCCGACAUCGAGAACAACAACGAGAAGGUGUUUGCCGAGCCGCCCAAGAAGCGCCAGCGCACCAAGUGACUAGAGACGGGUUUGCGGGAGGAAAGCCGUUCGGAAAUUCCGUUACGGGUACGCGUGAGGAAGGGAGUUAACGUUAAACUGAGUAUUCGAGAGUGAUAGCGAGAGAAAAAGCUGAAUUCCAAAACAAGAGUUAGAGAUAGAGAGAGAAAACCGCGCGUUGAUUGUGUCGAUCCUUGCGUAAUUUGUUGUUGAUUUGAACUGAUUAAGCACAUUUAUUAUUUUUGAUCGCGCGCGCGCUCCAGAGCUUCCCUUAGUUACAAAAUGGCACAGCAGAGAAAAAGCGCCCUCGAAAAGGCCCCCAGCAGAACAAGUAGCAGUAUUUCGUACCGUACGUAUUUUCGAUUAGCGAGAGAGUUGGAUGUUUUCGUUUCUGGCGGCACUAGCAAAUUCACACAUUCUGGAAGCUACCACCAAUGUCGCGGGCAGCUUCCGACGAGUGUUGGCGGGUAAAAAACAAACUAAAUGGCAAAUUGCAUGCAACCGCUCGGCAAAGACCUCUGGGCUUAUCACCGCAGCAGUGUUAAGCCGCGAGGACGCCGACGGGAAGAAACGAAAGCAUCGUCGCGCAAGCUGAAAGAAGUGUUGAUUUUUUUUUCUUGGUUCGUUGUGGAACCUACCACUACUUAUAUAUAUAUAUUUUUACGGGGACACUGUUUCAAAUUCUUUUGAAAGCAAAAUAAAGCAAAAUUCUGUAUAGAGAGAAAGAGCGUUGAGCGAAAAGCAAGGAUUGCGUUUAGAAAGCAAACUCAGGAGACACUCAGGAUGAAGUACAAACAAAAGUGAUUGGUGCAAUCUCUCGGAUAAACGACGACGACGAGGAGCACAAUUGAUCGGUAUACGUAACUGCUAAGCUGCCAUGACCGGAACAACCGUGCGGAAGCAACAAGGUUGUUCGAAAACCGUAUUGAAUAAGAAGGCUAGCGAAAAAA